AUGAGUCGUGUCUUAAGAUCUAGUAUCAGAGAAAAUAAGUCAGAACAAGUCAUACCUCGGAAACAACGAAAUGAAAGAGUUUUUUCUGUAAUCCCCUCAGUAUCUUCCAGCUCAACGAGAACUCCAGGAAGUCGUCUCACUCAGCGAAGACGACCGAGUCCCCCUGAUUCUUGUAGAAACGUAACAUCUGUCGGUUGUGAAUAUUUUAACUUAAGAGAUCAAAGCAAUAUAUCGGAUAAAUUGAAUACUUCCCUUGACGAUCAAAAAGAAACCCAUCCACCUGUAGUAUUUGAUUCACAUAUUACACAAUGUAAGGUCAAUUUCUCAGCCAACUCUGCAACUCAGGUUGCGGAAUCUAGUCCACUGAUUGUUGGAAGAGCAAAUGAGAUCAGUCGUUUGACAUCUCUGAUUCAGUCUUGUAUAGACACGAAGAAAAGUGCUAGUUUCUAUGUAAGUGGGGCCCCAGGAACUGGAAAAACAGCAGUUGUUCUGAAUGUUGUUCAAAAUUUUAAAACGUUUGGCAGAUGUAAUACUGCUGUGAUUAAUUGUAUGCAAUUAACGUCAUGUGCAGAUAUUUUUGGACGAAUAUCUACUGUUUUAGAAGCUCACAAUGGCAAGGAAAAUAAUUUUAUUAGCGAUGCUGAUUCAUUGGAAUGCUUUUUGAAUCAACAACCACAAAAAAAGACCAUUAUCCUAGUUUUAGAUGAAGUGGAUCAGUUAUCUACGCGUAGUCAGAAGUUACUCUACAGAAUUUUCGAAUGGCCAUCAAAACUUACUUGUCACACCAUUGUUAUUGGAGUAGCAAAUGCCUUAGAUUUACCAGAACGUUUGCUGCCACGUUUGAAAUCAAAAGUUUACAAACCUAUUCAUAUUAUAUUUCAACCAUAUUCACAAUCUGAGCUUGCUGAAAUUGUCCAAGCUCAUUUAUCCAAAUCAUCAAGUCGUGGACCAUGUAUAGAAGCUCUUGCUAUACAACUAUGUUCUAGAAAAAUUGCUGCUUCUACAGGGGAUGCACGUACUGCACUAGAUAUAUGUCGCAGGGCGAUUGAUUUAGCCCAUCAAGAUGCUCGGAUGAAAAACAUAUCUGACGCGUUUAUUCCUCAAAAGGUGGCGGCUGAUUCUCACAUUACACCUUCCAUCCAGCAUAUAAGUAGGGCUUUAAAGGAAUCUCAGGUUGAUUCUCCUCUUCCUGUUAAAUCGUUUACUGGCGUUAAUACAUUUACUACUAAUAGCUCUGAGCUGCCAUUACACCAUAAGCUUCUACUGGCUAGCUGUCUUCUGUUAAGAAAACAAAAAGGUUUACGUGAAUUAUCGUUUAGCCUACUUUAUGAUACGUACAUUCUUAUAUGUAAGAAAAAACAAAUUACAAGUUUAAAUGAAUCUGAACUCUCUUCUGUAUGCGAUCUUCUUGAUUCUCGUGGAUUUAUUCAACUUACUGGUCCGCGUUACUCAGUUAAAGCUACAGUGGGUACACCAGCACGUUUAAGACGUAUCCGAUUACGUUUAGAUGAUUGUGGUGUCCAACAAGCUUUGAUGGACGAUUUCCUGCUGUCAUCAGUAAUGGAUAUAAAAUUACAAAACAUGCAAGAUGGAAUACCAUCUGGUCCAUCAGUGAAGAAGUGUUUCAAUGUACUGAUUGCUUUGGAGAUAUUUUGUACACUGAAUUCUACAUUAGUAAUUUCACAGGGAGUUACUGGGAUUGGUUCUGAAUCAUUAAAUGGUUUUUCGUUAGUUAGUGAGAAACAAAAAUGUUCACUAAAUAAUUCCGUGAUAAGUUUGGGAUCUUCGUAUACUCGUUUGCCUUUAAUGAAUAUACUCCCUCUCGAUUUAGAGCGUUUAAGUUUAUUUUGGAGUAGUAUGGAAACAAUUCCUGUUGAAGUUCGUCCUUGGAAGGCAAAUAUCACUGAUCCCGAGACGGUCAUGGUGAUUGAGCGGCUAAUGAAGAAAAUGGUCGUUAAUCCUGUACCUAAAAAAGCUUUUAAACCUACCACAGCAUUAUCUAUACCCAGACAUCCUAUGCUCACAUUUGGUGUAUCACUUGAAGAUGUUAUAGAACGCGACAAGACUGAAAUUCCGAUCGUUAUUUCUGAUAUAUUUAACUUCUUAUUAGAUAAAGGCGGUUUACAAUCUGAAGGCAUCUUUCGUGUAAAUGGUAAUUCACGAACAGUUGAGAUAUUGCGUGCCAUUGUCGAUGAAAACGGAAGUUAUUGGCAUUUAGGGGAAUUUUCAAGUAUAGCUGGAGAUUUGGAUCGUUCAGUUGACGUUUUCUCGGUUGCUAGUCUUCUUAAGUUGUAUCUAAGGGAAUUGCCAGAAGGAUUAAUUCCAGAAAAUAUCACUGCAUUAUUUUUGAAAAUUCAUUCGGAAUAUCGUUCAAAUCAAGAUGCUUAUCUAAUUCAGUUGGAAAAUUUAAUUGCUCAAUUGCCAGUGGUCAAUUAUACUCUACUCAAGCAUUUAUGCCAAUUUUUACACCGUGUUUCUGUUUACCAAUCUGAUAAUAAAAUGUCGAUUGAAUCAUUAGGUAUUGUAUUCGGACCUAAUGUUUUUCGAUUUACACCUGAAAACUUGGGUUAUCGAGAACAGAAUUCAAUCAAUCAUAUCAUGGGGAUUUUAAUUGAACAUUCUGACAGUUUAUUUCGUAUGAUUGCACCAAGCUGUGAAAAUGUAACAACUUUAAAUGACAAUUUAUCAGACAAAAAUUAUACACAAAUUCAAGCUGUUAGAAAUAAAAAAUAUAACACUUCUGACAACUUAUCUAGUGUGAAGUCUCGCAAUAAUGAAGAUGAUGUUGAUACUGAUUAUCUUACUCAGUCGACAACAAAAGUUGAGACAAAUCACAUGCUAACACAUGUUACAAAUACAUAUUGUGAUGUUCCACAGAUUGGUAUUAAAGCUUCAACAACCCCAGCUGCAACGACUACAACGAAAGCAAAGAAGACUGUGCCAGAACUGGCGAAGACCAACGAUAUUGUCGAUACUAAUGAUAAUCAAUUUAAGCGUAAAUCAUCUACAUGUGAUAUUAUUUCAACAUACUUAGAAAUAGCUAUUCGAUCAUGCAUACAAGAGCAUUUAUUUCAAGAACGCUUAUCAGAUUUUAAAGUGUAUGAUACUGCAGAUACAGUGAAUAAUUUUAAUCAUAGUUCAAUUGGUAUGAAUCAAAUUUCGAAAUCAGAUUAUUCAGACGUCGGUGUAGCUAAAACAAAUUCUAUCAGUCAAGCAAAUCUAAAAAAUCCUGAAACUAAUUAUUCGAAAUUACCGUCAACUACAGAUCGGACUAAUGAAUCGAACGACCAGAUUCUCAAUAGGUUGACUUAUUACUUACAUAGUUUUAAAUCUCGUUUACGAGAAUAUGAAAAACUAUUUGAACAGGAUUAUGGACGUAAGCCAACUAAUUCAGAUAAAUAUUCUAAUCCAAAGAUUGCUGAAUUAUUACGUCAAUUGUUUGAAGUACAAGAAACGAUUAGACAAAUCAAAUUAUCAGGUAAAAGUUCUGAUGGUAUCAUUUCUCCAGCCAAUAAUCAGAACGGAUAUUCUUCAGAAUACAAUACAUAUGAAGAUUAUUCAAUUAAAAUUCAAAAAAACAUAACUAACUCUAUUCACAAUGGAAAUAUAAAUGAGAAAAUAAUAUCAUCUGCUUUUUUAAUAAAUCAAUCAUCAGGGAAACAGUCUUUUCCUAAGAUGGAUAACGAAGUAAAUGAUUGUACUAGGGAACUUCGAUCAUCAAACAAUUCAUUUCCUUCUCAACCAUCGAUCGUACCCAAUAAUAAAGUCGAAAAUGAAAAUGUAUCUAGACAAUCGGAUCUUAAUAGACCAACUAUAGAAAGUACAUUUUUACUGCUUUCAAAACGAUUAACUGAAAAACGUAUGAUUGCAAAUCGUCCCGAGGAUCUUCAUUUAAUGACUCCAAAACAGAUUGCAGCAGAAAAGCUGGCCUUACAAAAAGCCUUAUUAUAUUUUGAAAAUCUGCAUGGACGACCAAAAGAACAUCAGGAUCGUAUAACGAUGAGACCAUUAUAUGAUAGAUAUCGUAGUGUCAAACGUUUAUUAAAUUGUUUACAAUCUGAUAAUAAUUUGAAUAUUGCUGAACACAUAGAAGAAACUAGUGAUACAGAACUUCAGUCAUCUGUUCCAUCGAUUGAUGAUCAAAUGAGACGGCGAUCAAUACUAUCACCAAAUUUAGUGCCACUAAUCAAUGAUAGUAAUAUACAAACAAAAUCUAUUCAUUCUACUGGUACAACUAGCAAUAGUAUCGCUUCAUUUAAGUCAGUUAAUCCUGUUUCUUAUUCCAGUUUGCGAUCUAUCAACAGAUUAUAUAAUCCAGUCUCAUCUAUACCUGAUAACAACCUACCUGUUCCACCUAUGAUGUCGUUGUCCACUUCAGCAUCAUUCAACCUGCCUAUAUAUUCUUCGAUUACUUCAGCCCAAUCUACUCUUGGUAAUAAUAAUGAUCAUGUUAAUGAUAGAUUGGAUUUGGCUCGAAAACAACCUACUGUUACAUCAAUUCCAUCAACAGUAAGAUAUAACAUUAAUCCUAACUCUACAAGGUUGUUCAGUCCAAAUGAACGACCAACAUAUAUUGAUGAGAACCAGAAUAAAAAUAAUUUUGCUUUUAAUAAACAAUCUUACAAUUUGGAUUCAAAUGUUGAUCUGAAGUACAAUGAAAUAGAUUGUGAUACAAAAAGUACCACUGAUAGAAAUAGUAGAGUACCGUGUGUUAAAAAUAAUGAAUGGUUUGGGACAAUCGGUUUGAGUAAAAGAAAUCAAGAUAAUACUAUUCACAACUAUCAUGUAAAUACUUUUAACUGUCAUUCUCAACUCGUUAAUGAAAAUAAUCAACAUCCUGUAGAAAAUGCGUUAUCUACAUCAACACAUACAUCGACUAGAUUGUUUGAUUCAGUGACAUGCUCAAAUAGAAUUAGGAGUGAAUUCUCCUCGCCUAUUCGUCAAGAAAAUUUCAUCGGUGCCAGAGCAUCAUACUUUUCGCCUCCGCCAUUAUCGUCUUCAUUUUCCAAUCCGAAAACUAUUCAAGCCAAUAUUUCGAAUGAAGUUCAGUUAGGUACUAAUCCUACUGCUCUUAUGAAAAAUCGCCGUCGAUUUCUUGACACCUCAGAAAAUGCUAUAAAUACUGUGUCAUUCAAUGAAAAAUGCACGGACUCGUCAAAAGCUAUUUCAUCAUCAGACUUUUCAAGUUGGUCUACUGCUGACUUGAAGACAGCAUUACGUACUUUGCGUGAAUCAAAACGCCAAUUACAAAAGACCUUGAAAGAUUUUGAACACGAAUUUGCCCAAACUACUGGUCAAAAGGUAGAACGAGAGGAUCGAUUAUGUAUGCGUUCAGAAUACUAUGAAUACAAAGCGUUAAAAACACGUCUUUUCCAACUAGAAACUGAACUGAAAGGUCGAUGUGCUUAA